AUCGAUGGCCAACUUUUGAGCCAUGGCUUUCGAGCGCUUUGUGGCCCAGCGAGCGUCUCAGGUGAGGGCCAAGGGCGAGGAUGUGGGCUCUGGUUGGUCACAGGAAGCCUUGCUGUCAGGUGCCGGCUGGGAAGCCUUGGGUGAGUCGACCAGGAGUUUCCGCGAACUCUACGGCUUUCCUGCGACGCUGGCAUGGGCUGCCUUACAGCUGAAGGAUCUCCCACCAGCAAGGCAUGUGGAGGUAUGGAUCAUUGGAGCCCGCAGCGGCAUGGAAGGAUGGUUGGCGGAGGAAGGCAGCUGGGAUUUCUUGAUCGAGAUCUUCCCAACGUCGUCGUGGAAGCUUUGUUUGAUUGGACCAGAGAUGCGUGAAGACCUGAGGUUGGGUGCUCGAGUGGAGGUUGAGUCUGCACGACUUCAGGGCCAUGAGUGGAUUCAGAAAGAUGGUUUGUGCCCCGAUCUGGUGGUUUGUUUCAACUCUGGCAUUGGAACACUAUCCGUGUCCAUCACCAAACCCUGGCUGCUGACCGUGGCUGCAUUGCUGAAGCUAGAUGUGCCAAUUCUCUUCACGUGCUUCGGCUUGAAGGAGCGCAAGGGAGAGGAGUUCCUUCUUAGGGGUCUAUUCAAGGCUCGAGUGCUUGUGGACUUCCUUGAAAACCCAUUUCGACAGAGGCCGGGCGAUCGACCCGGUUGCUAUCGAUCUCUUGAGGAGGAAAGCUUGUCAGCUCCUGAAGGUGAGGCGGAGCUCUGCAAUGCGCAGUUGUGGUGGGCGCAAGGAUCGCAGCUGAGUGCGGAGGAGUUGGAUCAGGUUGCCUUGAAGGCACCCAAGGUCUUGGAGGAGCUCACCCAGAGCUAUGCCCUGCAGGUCUGGUGUGGAUCAUGGUACACCAAUGAGGUGGUCAAAGCACGGGCUAUAUAA